UCCAAUCAUUCCUCAGAUAAAACCAAUUGAAAAGAAGGAAGAAAAAGGGAAGAAAUUCAACCAUAAAAGUUUCUUCUGAUGUCUAUGGACUCUUCUUUUGGACUAUUUUCCAGCAGUGGUUAUCUUGAUGUCAGUUUCCCAAAAUAUUCCUUGAACUGGUCUUGCAUAAAAAAAAUAAUAAUAAAACAUCCGAAAGCCUCUAUAAGAAGAGUGGCAGUGUAAAGCUUUAGUUGAAGCAAUCAGAAUAUUCUUGUUUAUUUAGAAAUGGAUAGCAGGUUGUUUGAUGCUACUCUUGCAGGUGACGAGGAAGCAUUAUGUUAUUUACUGCAAGGAGAUCCGCUCAUCCUAGCAAGAAUCUCACCAAGUUGUGCUGAGACACCCUUACACAUAGCCUGCUUGCUUGGAUACGCAAGUUUUGGCAGGGAAAUUUUGAGGGUGCAUCCUCCAUUUGUUCAACAACUCAAUCAAGAUGGCUAUAGCCCUUUGCACUUGGCUUCUUCCAAUGGUCAUGUCGAAAUGGUGAGAAUGCUGCUGGAAUUUGGACACGAGCGCUUGGUCGUUAAAGAGCUUUGCAUGAGAACAGAUCAGGAUGGGAGGACUCCUCUUCAUUGUGCAGUCAUUAGAGGCAGAGUUGAUGUCAUGGGAGAAUUGCUUGCAGCAUGUCCAGAGUCUGCUUCGGAGGUAACUGUUCAGAAGGAGACGAUACUCCAUCUUGCUGUGAAGAACAACAUGAGCGAGGCAUUCUUGUUUCUACUUCAAGGACAGCAUAUCAAGUCUCUAUUGAAUUUAGCUGAUGGUGAAGGCAAUAGAGUGUUGCAUUUGGCUGCAGUUCGAAAACAAAUUCAGAAUAUUCGAUUCUUGAUUAGUUAUCCUCGCUUGGAUGUGAAUGCUGUGAACUCAUUUGGCCUCACAGCCUUGGAUCUUUUAUUGAUUGGUCCAACCAAUCCCAAUGAUUUAGAAAUAGGAGAGAUGAUUCGAUCUGCAGGAGGAGUAAGGUCUCUGAACCUGUUUACAUCGGCAGCUGAGAAUCAGAUCCAGCCAAUCACCAAUAAUGCAGCAUCAGGACCCAGAAACAACGACAACAUGACCGUAUCCAGUCAGGAGACGAUGGACAAUGAGAACGAUGAUGAACAUUUGAAGGACAUGACAAAUGGACUUUUGAUGAUGGCAUCAAUUGUUGCAACUGUCACCUUCCAGAUUGCUGUUACACCACCGGGUGGGUUCUGGCAAGACUCUGACUCAUCCUCAAGCUCCACCACAAAUUCUAACACAACUGCUGUUGGACACAUUGCUGGGAUUGCUAUCCUCUACGAUCGAGAUCGUAAAAACUUUGAUGCAUUCAUUGGUUUGAACACUCAAGCCUUUUUAGCAUCACUUAGUCUCAUAAUGGCUUUGCUGUGCCCAACUCAUGCAAGAUGGAAAUGGGCAACGGUGCGGCAUGUGACUGAAUUUCUUGUCUUCAUGAUUAUUUCCUUAUUUGUUGAAGCAGUGACCUUUACGACAAAACAGAGCCUCUACAGAAGUCCUCUACUCCUGUUGUCUACUCUGCCUUGGCUUUUCCUUAUUAUGUUCUUAGUUGGAAUGCCCUUUGUAAUUAGUGACUCAAAAAGGAGGGACCUACAGAGUGAACAUGUGUGAGGGAGAUCAAAUCAGAUGCAAAACUUGUGUAGUUCAUUGAUAUCCGUUGAGAAUUUUUCUUUGCUUAUUAUGCAAAUCUUUGUUUUAGAAUAAUACUUUGUGCUACAAAAUGAUGAAUGUUCA